CGCGCGCCGCCCUAGCUGCACACGCGCAGAAAGGCUAGCAUACCGGUGUUGUUGACAUUUUAGCAACACACUUAGCGACAAUGGCCGCCGAAGUGAGACAGGAGCUUGCACAGCUGAUGAAUUCAAGUGGAUCUCACAAGGACCUCGCUGCUAAAUAUCGGCAGAUUUUGGAGAAAGCCAUUCAGCUGGCGGGUGCAGAACAGCUGGAGUCCUUGAAGGCCUUUGUUGAAGCAAUGGUCAAUGAGAAUGUCAGUCUUGUCAUCUCGAGACAGCUGCUGACAGAUUUCUGCACUCACCUGCCCAACCUGCCAGACGCCACUGCUAAAGCAGUGUAUCACUUCACUUUGGAGAAGAUCCAGCCCAGGGUAAUCUCCUUUGAGGAACAGGUAGCCUCCAUCAGACAGCACUUAGCAACCAUUUAUGAGAAGGAGGGAGACUGGAGAAAUGCUGCACAAGUUUUAGUUGGAAUUCCUUUAGAAACGGGGCAGAAGCAAUAUAAUGUUGACUAUAAGCUGGACACAUACCUAAAAAUUGCCCGACUCUACUUGGAAGACGAUGACCCCGUACAAGCAGAGGCCUACAUCAACAGAGCCUCGCUGCUUCAGAACGAGUCCUCCAAUGAACAGCUGCAGAUCCACUAUAAGGUGUGCUAUGCCAGAGUGCUUGAUUUCAGGAGGAAGUUCAUUGAAGCUGCUCAGAGAUACAACGAGCUGUCAUACAAAUCUAUAGUCCAUGAAAGUGAACGUCUGGAGGCGUUGAAACACGCGCUGAACUGCACCAUACUGGCUUCUGCAGGACAGCAGCGUUCCAGGAUGUUGGCCACUCUCUUUAAAGAUGAGCGCUGCCAGCAGCUGGCUGCCUACGGGAUUCUAGAGAAGAUGUAUCUGGACCGCAUCAUCAGAGGAAACCAGCUACAGGAGUUUGCUGCGAUGCUGAUGCCCCAUCAGAAAGCCACGACAGCAGAUGGCUCCAGCAUCCUGGACCGAGCUGUGAUUGAACACAACCUCCUGUCGGCCAGCAAACUCUACAACAACAUCACCUUUGAAGAGUUGGGUGCCUUGUUGGAAAUCCCCCCAGCUAAGGCUGAAAAGAUUGCAUCUCAGAUGAUUACAGAAGGACGCAUGAACGGCUUCAUUGAUCAGAUCGACGGGAUCGUUCACUUUGAAACCCGUGAACCCCUUCCUACGUGGGACAAACAGAUCCAGUCUCUGUGUUUUCAAGUCAACAACUUGCUGGAAAAAAUCCGUCAGGCGGCUCCAGAGUGGGCAGCACAGGCUAUGGAAGUCCAGAUGACCCAGUAAACAUCAGCACUCCUCCAUCCUUCUCCCUCAGCACACAUUAAUGUUCUGACUUCCUGCUGAAUGUCACCACUGGGGUCCUAAUUAAUAAAACCGCCAACAGGAAGUUAUUAUUUGUAUUUUUUUCAUUGUUAGUAUCAUAACUGUUAUUUCAUAUACAUUCUGUCACAGAGGGCAGUGAAAGGACAGUCAGCAAGUGACUCUGCUUUAACUAUCUGGGCACAUCAGAAUGUUUUUAGCUGGAAAGAAAUGUCUGUAAAAUGGUUGAUAAAUGCUUAUAAAGACCUGCUGCCCCAUUAUUAGUGAAGAGAAAUAAAUUUAAAGCUAAAAUACCUUCA